GGGCUCGACACCUGUUGGAUCGUCGCAGUCGAAAUGAGGCUGGUCGAUUAUCUUCCAUGAUUGGACCUACUGGCCUCGGGGCUUAAGCGCUUUCGACAGCACCGUCGAAUAAGAGACGCGUAUGGUGUAGAGGCUGGUGAGUAAGAUGGGGGGGGGCGCUCCACUAUCGUGACGAUCAUCGCGAAAUACUUGGAUCCCUUUUUAUAGAGAAACGCGAGUUGUUCCCACUUACUUCUUGGGUAGUUUUCUCCCGAGUACAAUAGCGCCAAGAGCCAACUCCUGGAGGUCCUCAUCCUCUCGACGAAAGUGCUUAGCCAACUACUAAGACCGAUAGUCGUAGUAUGUAGAGUACGUUUGGCAUGAGAUUGCUUCUUAGCAACACUGGUAAAUGUGCAAUUGCAUGAGCGUACAACUGGUUCUACAUGUACCUCCGAUCUGCCUUGGAUAGAUUGAACCGACCUCUGUCGUAUGACCAAUAAACUGUCCUUUUUACUAAAGUGAUAAUUAACGAUCCACACAACUUACUCUGUGCCUAUACUUGGGAGAUUGCAGUACUCAACAUUGAGCGGUCAAGUAGCUGUGUGGCGCUUGAACACCAUGUAUACAAGCACUCAAGGAUUUCGUAGCUUGCUCUCUUUCCCCGUGCCGUUUUCUGUGUUCUUAAAGAUCAUUCCAACGGAGAGUAAAUAUAAGUAAAUAGUCCAUCUUUGCGCCCUCCGAUGUCAUGCACUUUGCACAAGUAGCCAAUAGGAGUCUAAUAACUAUUAGCAGGUCGUGGUCCAUCCAGGUUGAAAACACUGAAAACAAGGAAAACAUCGAAAUCAAGGUUAGGGCCGACCCUAGUCUCAGCACAUAUUUCAACAUAUCAAGCGCGAGAAUCUGGACGAAAUAUUUAUACGUCUCACAGGGUCACGAAUUUUGUGAACUAAAGGAAUUCACCAAGCAUAUGAUCCUCCCAAGGCAUGUUGUAAUGACUCUUACGGCGCAAGCCAAGUUGCAUUAUCUCCAUGAAAUAGAACCAUCCAGGCUGAGGCCCAGAUGACACUUCUGAACCUCCAGUCUUGCCCCUGUCUUUGCCCACCUGGUCUGUGCAUUGGCUACAAU